AACCCUCAAAUUCAUAUAUUGAUUGGAGGUAGAUCCUUUGGGAAGUAAUUAGUAUUAAAUACAGUUGUCAGGGUGAGGCCUUCAUGAUGGAACUGGUGCCUUUGUGAGAACAGAAAGAGAAACUGAACUGACAUGGACAUUGUUGCUCUCUUUCCAUGUGGUGCCUUUCACCAUAUCACAACACAGCUGGAAGGCCCUCACCAGAUAUCAACACCAUGGCUCUUGGAGUUCCCAGCCUCCAGAACCAUAAACUAAAUGAACUUAUUUUCUUUAUAAAUUACCAAGUCAUAGGUAUUCAGUUAUAGCAUAGAAAAUGGACUAAGACAGGUUCGGCUGAGGGGAGGGCCGUUGGCUGGGGCCUGCGGUACGCCGCUUCAGUGAGGGACUCCACUGUGGCCACCCGGCUUGCUGCCUUCCUGGGCGCCACUCCCCCAGGUGACUCGACGUGACACGCCAGUAGCACAGCACUGAUUCCUCUCGGGCUCUUGGGCGCUGCUCUGAGCAGCGUCCCCCUUUACACCAGAAAGCUGGUGGGCACUAUGGGGGAAAAACUAAACAAGAAGAAAGUGGAGGAAGUGCUAGAAGAGGAGGAAAAGGAAUAUGUGGUGGAAAAAGUUCUCGACCAUGGAGUGGUAAAGGGCAAAGUGGAGUACCUCCUAAAGUGGAAGGGAUUCUCAGAUGAGGAUAACACAUGGGAGUCAGAAGAGAACCUGGAUUGCCUCGACCUCAUUGCUGAGUUUCUGCAGUCACAGAAAACAACACAUGAGACAGAUAAAUCAGAGGGAGGCAAGCACAAAGCUGAUUCUGAUUCUGAAGAUAAGGGAGAGGAGAGCAAACCAAAGGAGAAGAAAGAAGAGUCAGAAAAGCCACGAGGCUUUGCUCGAGGUUUGGAGCCAGAGCGGAUUAUUGGAGCUACAGACUCCAGUGGGGAGGUCAUGUUCCUGAUGAAAUGGAAAAACUCUGAUGAGGCUGACCUGGUCCCUGCCAAGGAAGCCAGUGUCAAGUGCCCACAGGUUGUCAUAUCCUUCUAUGAGGAAAGGCUGACAUGGCAUUCCUAACCCUCGGAGGAUGAUGACAAAAAAGAUGACAAGAAUUAACGCUCUUGAGUACCAGCCCCUGUCACAUCUGACUGUGGGUUUCAAGUGGGAAGGGAAGGAGUUCCACUUGUCUUGACACCAUAGAGGUGGCUUGAGAAGAUGUCCUUUGAAGAGCCAGUAUAGUUUCUGUGCCCUGCAGCAGCCCAAGUGCUUUAAAGCCGUUUCAAGCUAUAUAGUUUGCACACCCAUCCCAGUGGAGGAGAAAGGGGAUAAUUGUUUCAAGGCAACCUUUUCUGCACUUUGCUGUAAAAAGCAAAGGGCCUUCUAUGAAGGACAAAACUUGCAGAAUUGGGUGUGUGGGAGAGCAAAAAAAUACUGUAGAUCUUCAAAGAGCAUCUCCACAACACACAGCCUUCUUCCCAAUAGCGUUAACUCUGCAUUUUUACAGCGUAGCAUGUGUGUAGUUUUUGGCUAUUACUGGUGUAUUAUU